UUCUCCUUCCAUGCCAGACCGCGAAUCUGCGAAAUACGACACUGUCCAACUCUCUCUCUCUCCUCAUCUUCUUUGCUUCUGCAAGAACUUGUCUUGCCUGGCUGAUUUGGAUGCCAUAUCUUUGUUAGAAGCCUGCGAUGGCUCUCUCUUCCUGCCUCAAGUGCUUCUCUUGGUCUUUCCCGGACACCGCGAACCCCCACCCACCUCCGCUCUUCCUCCCCCACAAACCCUCCUCCUCGAAUCACUUCGCCACCGUCUCUUUCGCCACCGCGCAACACCGCGACCACCUCUCCCACCACCUCCCUCCCGACUUCACUCCGAAGCAGCUCCUCGACACUCUCCGCCGCCAGAACGACGAGACGGCCGCGUUUCGCAUCUUCGACUGGGCCUCGAAGCAGCCCAACUUCACCCCCGCCCCCUCCGUUUACCGAGAGGUCCUCCUCAAGCUCGCCAAGGUAGGGUCUUUCGAUUCUAUGAAGCGCGUCCUCGAUGAGAUGAAGCUCGCUGGUUGCGAGAUGGAUAGCGGUAGUUUCUUGAUUUUCGUCGAGAGUUAUGCGAAUUUCGACAUGUUCGACGAGAUUCCUGGUGUUGUGGAGAUGAUGGAGGUGGAGUAUGGGACUAAGCCCGAUACCCAUUUCUAUAAUUUCUUGUUGAAUGUGCUUGUGGAUGGGAAUAGGCUGAAAUUAGUCGAAACCGCACACUCGGGUAUGGUUAAUCGCGGAAUUGAGCCGGACGUGUCGACUUUUAAUAUAUUGAUCAAGGCUCUGUGUAAAGCCCAUCAAAUUCGGCCUGCCAUGUUGUUGAUGGAGGAGAUGCCGAGUUAUGGGUUGUCGCCUGAUGAGAAGACGUUCACUACCCUUAUGCAAGGUUACAUUGAGCAAGGGAAUCUGGAUGCUGCUCUGAGGAUCAAAGAACAGAUGGUGGCGACUGGAUGCUCGGCCACCAAUGUGACUGUAAAUGUACUGAUCAAUGGGUUGUGUAAAGAGGGAAGGAUUGUUGAGGCGCUUGACUUUAUUCAGCGGAUGUCGAGUGACGGGUUCUAUCCAGAUCAGUUCACAUUCAAUACGUUAGUGAAUGGUUUGUGUAAGGGCGGACAUGUGAAGCAUGCUUUAGAGAUCAUGGAUUUGAUGCUUCAGGAGGGUUUUGAUCCGGAUGUUUUCACUUAUAAUUCCCUUAUUUCUGGGCUAUGUAGAAUAGGUGAAGUUGAUGAGGCAGUGGAACUUCUUGAACAGAUGGUUUCCAGAGAUUGCGCUCCUAACACUGUUACUUACAAUACACUGAUUAGCACACUAUGUAAGGAGAACCAGGUUGAAGAAGCUACAGGACUGGCUCGUGUCCUUACGAGCAAGGGGAUUCUACCUGAUGUCUGCACGUUCAAUUCUCUGAUACAAGGUCUCUGCAUGACAAGAAACCUCCAUACCGCAAUGGAACUGUUUGAAGAGAUGAAGAACAAAGGUUGCCAACCUGAUGAAUUUACUUAUAAUAUGUUGAUUGACAGCUUCUGUUCUAGAGGGAAACUUGAGGAAGCAUUGGGUCUCAUGAAAGAGAUGGAAUUGAAUGGUUGUGCUCGAAAUGUGGUGAUAUAUAAUACCUUAAUUGAUGGGUUCUGCAAGAACAAGAAAAUCAAGGAAGCGGAGGAGAUUUUUGACCAGAUGGAGCUUCAAGGUGUUUCUAGAAACUCGGUUACAUACAAUACCCUCAUCGAUGGCCUAUGUAAGAACAGAAGGGUUGAAGAGGCCGCUGAGCUUAUGGACCAGAUGAUAAUGGAAGGUUCGAAGCCAGAUAAAUUUACGUAUAAUUCUCUGCUUACGUAUUUCUGCAAACAAGGUGACAUAAAGAAGGCAGCAGAUAUUGUGCAGGCGAUGACUUCUAAUGGCUGUGAACCGGACAUUGUCACAUAUGGAACCCUAAUUGGGGGACUGUGUAAAGUUGGUAGAGUCGAGGUUGCAAGUAGGCUCCUCAGAACUGUCCAGAUGAAGGGAAUGAAUCUGACUCCUCAGGCGUACAACCCUGUUAUCCAAGCUCUGUUCAAACGGAGGAGGACUACAGAAGCCAUGAGGCUUUUCCGAGAAAUGAUGGAAAAGGGUGAUCCUCCUGAUGCGAUCACCUACAAGAUUGUUUUUCGUGGACUUUGCAACGGGGGAGGACCAAUUGGAGAAGCAGUUGAUUUCGUGUUGGAGAUGACAGAAAACGGGUAUAUCCCUGAAUUCUCAUCCUUUUAUCAGUUGGCUGAAGGUCUUUGUGCUUUAUCCAUGGAAGACACAUUAACUAAGCUUGUCAAGUUGGUCAUGGCUACAGCUAAGUUCUCGGAAGGUGAAGUUUCCAUGAUUAGUGGCUUCCUCAAAAUCCGUAAAUUUCAAGAUGCUUUGGCUACCAUUGCAAACAUAUUGGGCGAUGAGAGAUCACAAAGAGGUCGUUGGCAAGCACAACCUAAGAGAAGAAGUUAGGAGACUUCAUUCUAAGAUAGGAGUUGGCUUUCUACAAUUGCUUAUUGGCAUUGGAAGGAGAGUAACUCUGGAAUCGCGGUGAUCGCAGUUUCUGUCUAGGUUCUAGCAUAUGAGGCAACUGUUAACAAGACUCAAUGCAAGUAGCUAUUGCAAAUGUGUCUCUCGCAGUGUUGUGGUGCAGAAGCUGAAACUCAAUUUACAAGCGAUGAAGGACCUUGGUGGUUGCAAUUACAUUCAUUACAUGGGUAAGGUGUAAGAUUGGAGAUAAUGCAGAAUACAUCAGGCUGAUCCCCUCUUCUGCAGAGAAGAGAUUAACAACUGCAGCCUUUGAUUUGACAGGGUGAACUUGUAGGAGCUUUUUGCUGAUAUAAGCCUCUUCCUCAAUUUUCAAGGAGCAAGAGUGAAGACCAAAUGGAUACCCAGUUUGCCGUCUUGUAGGAAUAUUUGCGCCUGUCGUAUUAGUUUAGAAAAUCCUACUGGAGCUAAAUUUGAGGGUUAAGGAAGCCAUUAGAUAAGCACCCUCUGUGUAGUUCAUCUUGGAUAUUUCGAAUCUUCUUGUCGUA